GAGGGGAAGCAAAAUGACCGAGGUGGUGCUCUGCGGUGUAUAAAUACAGGCAGGAGGUGAACCGGCCGGUCAAAGCUCAAGACACAGCAAGUUCGCCACCAAGGAGCAACCCAGAGCAAUGUCCCUGGCUGGGGUAAGCUGUCUGGUGACAGGAGCAGGAGGAUUUCUUGGCCAGAGAAUUGUCUGCUUGCUGUUGGAAGAAGAGGAGUCUCUGGCUGAGCUCCGACUGCUGGACAAAGCCUUUAGCAGUGAAGCACUCGGGAGAUUUGGGAAGUUCCAGGGUAAGACUGAGGUGAAAAUCCUGGAAGGGGACAUCCGAGAUGCAACGUUCCUGCACCGUGCCUGUCAGGGGGUCUCCCUCAUCAUCCACACGGCUUCCAUCAUUGACACCUUGGGCCUCGUAGAGAAGCAGCUGCUCUGGGAAGUCAAUGUAAAGGGUACUCAACUACUGCUGGAGGCAUGUGUCCGCUGUAACGUCCAGCACUUCAUAUAUACCAGUACCAUAGAAGUGACAGGCCCAAACUGCAAAGGUGACCCAGUUUUCAAUGGUGAUGAAGAUACAGCUUAUGAGAGUAUAUCAAAAUCUCCUUAUGCCCAGAGUAAGAGACUGGCAGAGGAUUCUGUGCUGAAAGCAGAUGGCCAGAUGUUAAAGGAUGGUGGCAUACUGAUGACUUGUGCCCUGAGAUCCAUGUACAUCUUUGGAGAAGGAUGCCCAUUUCUUCAAGGUCAUCUGGAUAAGUGUCUGCUGAACAAAAAUGUCUACCUGCGCUUCUCCAGGAAGGAGGCUUUAGUGAACCCCGUGUACGUGGGGAACAUCGCCUGGGCACAUGUGCAGGCAGCCAAAGCUCUGCGGGUCCCACAGAAAGCCAAGCAGAUCAGAGGGCAGUUCUACUACAUCUCAGAUGACACCCCUCAUAUGAGCUACGCAGAUCUAAAUUAUGAGCUGACCAAGAACCUGGGGUUUGGAAUUGAGCCCCGGCUCCCCAUGCCUCUGACAGCGUUGUAUUACUUCUCGCUGCUGCUGGAGAUCGUGAGCUUCUUGCUCCGGCCCUUUGUCAGAUACAUCCCCUCCACCAACCGUCACCUGGUCACUCUACUGAAUACUCCAUUCACCUUCUCUUAUAAAAAGGCACAGAAGGAUUUUGGCUACAUGCCCCGCUACACGUGGGAAGAGGCCAAGCAGUGCACUGGUCAGUGGAUUGCCUCCGUGGUCCCACAGAGAAGGGUGUACUUGAAAAGCAAGACUGCCUAAGUCUUAAGAGCAGCUGAGACCUGUCUAAACAAGUAGGCCCUUGAACCAGAAGAGAGCUGGGUGAACAGCAGCAGCAGAUAACUACGAAGAACCUAAAUGGAGACUUUGUGUAACAGCCCCCUCCUCCCCCCACCACCCCAACCCUGAAUAAAUAAAAGUGAGAUGUUCA